UCCGAAUUUACACUGACAGCUGAGUAUUUUGUUUUGGAAAGAAAUUUUCUCUUGCAGAAAAAGUGUUUUUUUGGCAAAGAAAGUGAACAGAAGCAGUAUUAAAAUUGAUAUUAAUUCACUCAUAAGGAACUAGAGAGGACGGAGUAUCCAGAAUGUCGGCGGGUCCGUAUAACUACAAUUACAUUUUCAAGUACAUCAUAAUUGGUGAUAUGGGGGUGGGAAAGAGUUGCAUUCUUCAUCAAUUUACAGAGAAGAAAUUUAUGGCCAAUUGUCCCCACACAAUCGGCGUAGAAUUUGGUACGCGAAUAAUUGAGGUGGCCGGGCAGAAGAUUAAGCUGCAAAUUUGGGAUACUGCUGGACAGGAGAGAUUUCGUGCUGUUACAAGAUCCUACUACCGCGGAGCAGCUGGGGCACUAAUGGUCUACGACAUAACGAGGCGAUCGACCUACAAUCAUUUGAGUAGUUGGCUCACAGAUACGAGAAAUCUAACAAAUCCCAGCACUGUGAUCUUCCUCAUUGGCAACAAAUCCGAUCUCGAGAGUACACGGGAAGUUACCUACGAGGAGGCCAAACAAUUUGCCGAUGAGAAUGGUUUAAUGUUCGUCGAAGCGAGUGCAAUGACCGGUCAAAAUGUCGAGGAAGCCUUCCUGGAGACAGCCAAGAAGAUCUACCAGAACAUCCAGGAUGGUCGAUUGGAUCUCAAUGCGUCCGAAAGUGGGGUGCAGCAUAAACCCUCCCAACCAAGCCGGACAACCCUUAACAACGAUACUCAAGCGCAAAAGGACAAUUGCGCAUGCUAAUUCGUCUGCAUGUCUACAUUUUCUUUAUCCAUUUUCUUUUCUUUUCAACCUCUAUUUAGUUCUCUAUCGUGUCCCCUUCUGUGUCUCCCUUCCCGCCCACACAUCUCCUAUUCUCGUGAGACAUUUAUAAUAAUAACACAAGAUCCUAUAAACCAAAAAAAGAAGAAAAAUCUGCGCGAUUUAUUGUAAUCUAUAGAGCUACAUAAAAAAGAAAUAUUUACUCUUUAAUCUCUUCGGACAAAGAUGAUAAUUCCUCCUUUGGCUCUUUUUUCAACGUCCAAAAAAAUAAACGGAAAGUGGGAGGAAUGUUUGUGGAGAAAAAGAAGAAAAAUAGAAGAAUUUUUGUAAAUAAAAUAUCGAAAAAUAUUCGAUAAAAUAUAUAAUUUUAUCUAUAGAAGAAAAAUAAAUCUAAUACUAGAAGUGCAAAAUAGUUCAUGAGCACCUUCUGUUUUUGGGAGUCUCUUGUUAUAAAAUAGACAAAAAAAAUGCAAAACAAAGAAGAAAAAUCUAAUAGAAAAAAUAAAUUAACAACAACAAAAAAUCAUGUAAACAUGUCAGAGAGAAUGAUGAAGAUUCUCGACAAGAGGAGACAAAAAAAGUAAGAGAGAUAAAAAUUGUGUAUAUGUAACGUUAGAAAAGUGUGUGUAAUUGUUUUUUUCGUAAUAAGAUUUAUCAAAAAACAUUUAAGAAUGUAAAAGUGAAUUAAAACUAAAAUAUUCUUUCCUACAAAGGAAAAUUAUUCAACCAAAUAACCGUGCCCACUUUUGUUAAGAGCAAAAUAUUAUACCUGGUUUUUACUUUUAUUAUUUAACAGCCCAAGAAAUUGAAGAAAAAAAUCAAUGGAAAAACAUUUUGUGAAAAUUGCAGUGAAAAUGUACCAAUAAUUGGUGCUCUUUGACAUUAAUAAUAAAAAGUAUUUUAAGACAUUCCAAAA